CCGCCAGACCCAGACUCGUCCAUCAGAUUGCCAGAUGGAGAAGUGUGAUUUGUCACUCCAGAGAAUGCGUCUCCACUGCUCUAGAGUCCAAUGGUGGCGUGCUUUACACCACUGCAUCCGAAGCUUUGCAUUGCACUUGGUGAUAUAUGGCUUGGAUGCAGCUGCUCGGCCAUGGAAACCCAUUCCAUGAUGCUCUCUACGCACUGUUCUUGAGCUAAUCUGAGGGCCACAUGAAGUUUGGAGGUCUGUAGCGAUUGACUCUGCAGAAAGUUGGCGACCUCUGGGCAAAAUGUGCCCCAGCAUCCACUGACCUCGCUCUGUCAUUUUACGUGGCCUACCACUUCGUGACUGAGUUGCUGUCGUUCCCAAUCACUUCCACUUUGUUAUAAAACCACCAACAGUUGACUGUGGAAUAUUCAGUAGCGUGGAAGUUUCACGACUGGACUUGUUGCUCAGGUGGCAUCCUAUCACAGUACCACACUGGAAUUCACUGAGCUCCUGAGAGCGGCCCAUUCUUUCACAAAUGUUUGUAGAAGCAGUCUGCAUGCCAAGGUGCUUGAUUUUAUACACCUGUGGCCAUGGAAGUGACUGGAACACCUGAAUUCAAUUAUUUGGAUGGAUGAGUGAAUACUCUUGGUAAUAUAUUGUAUGUGGUCUAAUGAUUUUAGACAAUAUCCACAAAGUGGGGACAUUUCCUCAACUAUUAAUCCUUUUUUAUUUCUUCAUAUUCCUUUCCCUCUGUUUACAUAUUGAACAGUUUUUUAAAUGAGUAUCCUGUGUUCCAUUUCUUCAAGCAGUAACAUUGGUUCCUUUAAUCAUGACUUAAGUUUCACCACUGGGGGCGUCCACUGGACCGAAACAUUUAAAAGCAGCAGAAGCAGAGUUUGAGCUCAGUUAGGCAGGAGUCUCAUUCACACGUCAUAUACUGUACCUAACCAUUUCAUUGACUGUGUAUGAGAGUGGUAACAUGUUAGUCCCAAGUGGUUCCUCAUUAAUUUGUUGAAUGAAAGUGGACGUUGUUGAUGCUUUAGCUUCACUUUGUGAUAAAUGUUAAAAUUCAAACUAGUUGCACACAUACAAAUCAACAAAAUGCUGAAUUAACAUUAUACUCAAUUCUUUCUGUGUUACUGUUGUGAACCAAAAGGAUGAUCAUAAUAAACUCUUCACAGGUUUCAUAUUUUUCACUUGGUGCCUACUUUGACACUGAGUUGUUUAGAUACUUAUUUUUCAUGAUUGUCAUGUCUUUAUACAUUCUAAUCCUUUGCUCCAAUCUCCUGCUCAUUGUGGUUAUCUGCAUGAACAGAAGCUUACAUGAACCUAUGUACAUUUUCCUGUGCAGCCUGUUUGUAAAUGAACUGUAUGGUAGUACAGGGUUGUUUCCAUUCCUGCUGGUUCAGAUCCUCUCUGACGUUCACACUGUUUCUGCUUCAUUUUGCUUUCUGCAGGUUUUCUGUUUGUAUUCUUAUGGGAGUGUAGAAUUUACUAACUUGGCUGUCAUAUCUUAUGACAGAUACCUUGCUAUAUGUUGUCCUCUACAGUAUAAUGCACAUAUGACAUCCAAUAAGAUAGCCAUUUUUCUUUAUCGUUGCUACAUGGUUACCUCCCUUUUUGCUGUUUUUGUCACAACAUUCCUGACUGCCUCUUUACAGCUGUGUGGAAACAUCAUUGAUAAAGUUUACUGUGACAACUACUCCAUCAUAAAACUGGCUUGCUUUGACACCAGAAUAAAUAAUGUCUAUGAACUCACUGCUGCUACUCUUACAGUCUGUGUUCCAGUAUGUGUAAUAUUUUACACAUACAUAAAGAUCCUUAAAGUUUGUUUUUCUGGUUCUAAACAGACGAGACAAAAAGCUGUCAGUACCUGCACACCUCACCUGGCUUCCCUUGUGAAUUUUUCAUUUGGAGUUUCCUUUGAAGUACUACAGAACAGAUUCAAUAUGAACAAUGUACCAAAUAUGUUGCGAAUAUUUUUAUCAUUGUAUUUUUUUACAUGCCAGCCGCUGUUCAACCCUUUAAUGUAUGGCUUCAGCAUGUCCAAAAUAAGCAUCACAUGUAAAAAUCUGCUUUCACGUUCUGUUGGGAAGUGUAAAUCAUCCAACAAAUCUGUUCAGCUUGAGUAACAAGAAAAAGCAUCAUCAUUUCUUGACAUAACAUAUCAGAAUGAAGGAAAUUUAUCAGGCAAGUUUUAUAAAAUCCUGAAAUGUGAUCUACUUCUGUUUACUCUUUUAAAUUUACUUUUAAAUGUGUUAGUCUUCUAAAUGCAGCAAAAGCACAUGAUCUAAACAAAAGAAGUGAGCAAACUUAGAAAAUAAAGUGUAUUUGCUUGCCAGCAACUCAUUUGAGUAUUUUCAUCUUGUGGGAUUUUAUCUUGGUCAUGUAAAUAUUAAUGUGUUUUUUAACUUUAACAGUUUAUUAUUAACUACAAGGACUUGGACAGGGCUUUACACCACAAUAAACUCCAACAAAAAUUUAAUUUAAUGCUAUACAACAGUCAAGUCAUUUUUAGUUCUAUAACUCCAUUUCCCAAGUUGCUCAGACUAGACUAUAAAGACUUCAGAGGUCUUAACUGUCCACACAACAUACAGUCACUUACUCUAUGAUCCUGGACCCUGAAGUUGAAUAGGAAAAAUGUGCAGAAUGUAAGGAAAAGCAGUGUUUCAAUGGGAUUACAAUAUUUAGUAAAUCCAGUGCAAAAAUAAUAUUAAAAUUGCGAACAGCAUUAAGUGGAGUAUAGCUCUAUGGUGCAUAUUGGAUUGGUUUUAUAAUUAUUAAUAUUAUUAUUUAGAUUACAUUGAAUUUUAGGUUGAUCUGGUUAAUUCGCUCGGAAGAAUGGCAAAAAACUGAACACUAAAUUCAUAAUGGUUUACUUUCUGCUCAGUUAAGGCACCAACAAGCUUCUUUGUUGAUCUAGAUAUGAUACACCUCCAGCAAAUUGUCUAACAACAGGACCAUUUCAUUGAAAUUUUUCUAGGGGUACCAUUUGGCCUCUUUUGGCACAUCCAAUCCUGAGAUCCAUAUUAGAUUGCUAUUUUUACCUUCAUUGUUUUGUGUGAUAGUUUUCAAGAAUUUUUGAGUAUAUUGCGGGCAUGAAUAAUGCUAUAUGCUGAUUCUAAAUUUAAAUUUUAGAGUUGCUUUUAUGGUGAUUUGUUCAAUGACCAUUUGGACAAUAGUCAUGUUGUUUAAUCAGCAACUUGACAGGCCAAUCCUGUCAGAUCGAUGGACUAUCUUGGCAGUGGAGGCUGACUAAGUUGAAUUUUAACAGAUUUGUACUUAAAAUCUGAUAGAAAUAAUUGAAAGUCUUAAAAGCAAAUCUUUUAAUUCAGGUUGUGGAAAUGAGAGCAAAAAAGCCUUGUUUUUAUUGAGUUUUUUUAUUGAGUGUAAAAAAAUGGGACAUCGGACCACUUUGGGAACACUUUCUAAAAUAAUUUUCAGUAUAUACAGUUUGCUUGCAAUUGACUACAUUUUGUUUUUAUUUACAUUUUACAAAACCUCCCAACCUUUUUACAAUUGCUGUUGUAUUUACAGAAAUGCCAACCUGCACACAUUUCACGUUGCGGGUUGGCAUAACAAAAGAGCCGGAUGGGCCCUGCCAGUCUGAAUCAAUUUGACCUGGGUUCUGACUUUUGUUUUUAAUAGACCAACCUCAGGUCAGACUAGAGGUCAUUUAACUUCUCCCUUUCCAUUUUGCCCAAACACAUGCAGAGCAUACAUAAGCCACCAUAUGAAAUAUUGUUAUAGUGAUGAGCGAUAUUCUAAAAAUAUAGAAUUACGCAAUUUUUAGUCACUUCAAAUGUAUGGUAUACUUUUCAUAUUACCAUGCAAAGCUUCAGGGAGGGAGUUACUUGAUCUUCACAGAAUUUUCGUCACUCAACGGUCAAAGGUAGCAAGAAAGCUAUCGUCGGGUGGUAAUUCCAAAUGCUUACUGGGAGUGUCUUUUCUGUACACUCUUUCCAGCCUGUUUUCUCAUACAUUGCUUUGUGAAAUUGAUCCAACUUAACAUCACACACACACAGAGUCUUGUUUCUAUCACUUCUUGGGACAUUAAAUAGACUUAAAUUAAUUUCCUGGAGGCUUAACCACCACUUAACCAUAACUUUAAACAUUAUUUAUCCUAACCCUUGUCUUAACCCAACCCAAACCUUAACUUAACCUUAAAGGAAUUCUUCACCCUCAUAUUUAAUGAUUUACAUUGUGGGGACUUGCAUUUUGUCCCCGUAAGUCAGGCAGGUCCUCACAAUGUGGCAGUAUAAACAGAUUUUUGUCCCCACAACGACAGGAAUACGUGUCCCCACACACACACACAGUGACUUAAACACUUCCUGACCAUAUCCCUUAUGACAUUUCUCUGAGCUCAGACAGCAGUAUCACUCAUAAAGACUGCUAAACUGCAGUUGAUUUACAGCAACAGAUUCAUUUAACUUGCAUGGUGCUAACCUUUAGUCUUAAUGAUUACUUUCUGGGCUAAUAUAUAACAUUUGGAAACAAAUUACAAAUAACAAAAAAUGCA